CAAAUAGUUAUAAAUAUGUUUUAUGAUGAAGAUUUUUAUUUUAGGGGUGAGGUCAUGAAAAAACGUUCUUCCAGUGAUACUGGUGGUGAAAAAGAUGGUGCAGGAACUAAAUAUUCAGUACAAUCACUACAAAACAAUCUUGAAAAUUUGGUGCAGUUGCAACAUGAACACAGACAGAGACUUGAGUUGGUUGAGAAGGAAUAUAAUCAGUUGAGAAAGUUUAAAGAUGAUUACCUUCAUCUCCAGAAAAGGCUUAGAACUCUUCCUGACAAGACAUCGCAUGAGGUCAUGGUGCCUAUUGGACCCCUUGCUUUUAUGCCAGGACGUUUGAUCCACACAAAUGAAAUCUUAGUUCUUCUUGGAGAUAACUGGUUUGCUGAAAGGAGUGCAAAAGAGGCCGCUGAGAUUGUGAAGAGAAGAGUCAAAGAUUGCAAUGAGAAGAUCGAAACUGCAGAAAAUCAGAUGAACCUUCAUAAGAACUGGUUAGAGGAAACCUCCGGUUUAUUUGAAGAAGACAAAGAUCAGGUGGAAAUCAUUGAAGAGUUGACUGAAGAAGAAUUUGAAAGGAGCAAAGAGGAGCACAGAAAGAAACUGGCGGAAGAUUAUGAAAAAAGAAAAUCUUCUGAUCAAGAGAGUCGCACUGAAGAGGAGACACCUGAAGCUGGUGCUUCGACAUCACAAGAAAAUUUCAUCGAGAAGCUCGAUGAAGAUGACAAAAAAGCCUAUGAAAAUCUAAUGAAAAGAUUAGACCAACUGGAAAUGGAAGAAGAUGAUGAGUCUGGUGGUAGUCAAGACGCAGAUGACUAUGACAGAUACAUAAGGCACUCUGAAACUGCGGAGGAAAUCUAUUCUGCUGAUGAUGGUGCUGAGCAUGCAACUGGCACUGAGGAUACAGAACUAAGUGCAUCUGGUACCCCUGUCUUGUACAAACGAAAUAAACGGCGUGUCUCAUGGGCUGAUGAUACAAGACCACUGUUCACCAUUAUCCCAGAUGACAAUAGUGAGAGUACUUAUCGCAUAAAAUAUACAACAAAGCAGUUGUCCCUACCCCUUAUUGAAUGGGAUCCAGCAUCUGCUCGAGACACCCCAGAAGAAAAUAUUGAUCAGACUGACUCCUCCUCGGCUGUCAUUCAGAGUCCUUCAGAAUUGUAUAAAACGUUUGGGGAAAGACGACGGUCAUCCCUGCCAGAUCCUCCCCCACGAGGCAUCCUCAAGAAAACUCAUUCAUCCACAGAUACCCACUCGGAUGAUGAAAGCAGAUCGAGUCUUCCAAACACGGUGGCUGAUGAUGCUAGCGCUCCUAUACCUCUAAAGACUUGUUUCCCUAAAAGUGAUGAUGGUGACGAUGAUGAUGAAGAAGAAGAAGAAGAAGAUGAAGAUGAUAGCAAAGGAUCAGUACCAGCCUUCAGUUAUAAAAUUGUUGAACGAAGUGUGGAUCCUGAAGUUGUGGAGGCCAGACCAGAAGCUCCAGCAGCUGACACGCAAACAAGAAAAAUAUCAAGAUUUAAAGCUUCAAGAAUGAAGAAGUAGUUCUGUAGUAGUAUGAAGAUCUACAGGGAUUAACAGACACAAGCAGCUCAUUUCAAUUGUGAUAGAAUAAUCUUUGGCAAAGUAUUGUUACAUAUCAAAAUAUCUGUCCCUACCUUGUUUAUGUGCAUUAAAAUAAUACUGUAUGUGA